GGAGACGAAGGACGAAAGAGAAGAAGCUGCUGGAGACUAAGCUGCCUGAAGAAGAAGAAGAAAACCCUCCACGGAGUUCCUGCAGGAUCUUUAUCUGUUUCUGUAAAGUGUGUCCACGACCAUGGAGAGUGUGCGAGCCGUCGUCUACCUGUCCGUCUGUCUGUCCGUGCUGACGUCGCUCUGCCAGGGUCAGAGGUCGGCCGACAGCCAGCUGCCGUCGGCGCCGGACGAGUCGAUCCUCGGACUCACGACCAACGAGCUGGCUGAAGCUCUGCAGGGUCUCCUGGAUGAAGCCGACAGCAGAGUCGCACUUUCUGUGGAGAAGAAAGCCAGCGUCAUCCCGCGGUGUGACGUUGGCGAGCGCUGUGCGAUGAAACAUGGACCUCGGAUUGGCCGACUGUGCGACUGCCUGAGAGGGACGGCCUGCAACACCUUCUUCCUGCGCUGCUACUGAACACACACCUACACACACAUACACACACACACCUACACACACACACACACACACACACACACACACACACUAGUGCUUUCAUGCUUGUGAGGACAUAACACCGAACCAGGUCUGACCACUGUCCUCACAAAGAUAGAAGCAGACACUGUCACACACACUAACACACACCUGGCUGUCUCUCUGCAUGUUUGUGUCUUUGUGUUAAGAUUUCAGUGUCUGCCCUUCAGAUUCAUUUAUUUUUGUUAAUAAAGACUCUUCAUAAAGCU